GACACCGACACAGCUUUACCGACGGCAGGCCGGAUUCCGUGGAUUAGUGUCCGGUCGUCGCGACGCCGCACGCCAUCCGGAACAUUCCUGCUGAACGCGCGGUGUUUUCAAGUUUUUUCGAAGCGGUGCGGACGCGGGUUCGUUGUGAACAUGUGCUCGACGCUUUGAAGUUUCCUCUCCGGUGUUUUUGAACUUUGAUCUGCGGAUUGUUGUGAUUUUGGAUCAUGGGCGAAGAAAGAAGAUUCAUCUACAAGAACGGAAGCUGCUAUUCCGGCGUUUGCCAGGACGGCGCAGCUUGCCAGCAAUACGAGAAUGGCACAUACACCUGUAUUUGUACACAUGAUUCCCUACCACCCCCUGUACACGGUACAUGCAACAGGAGAAUAGUUGAUCCGAAACCUGUUCCGAUACCGGGAGUGGUGCCUCCGAAUCCCAUAAAUCCAGUUUCUACAAGCACCUCAGCAACAACACUACACUCCACCACACGAACUUCUCCAGCAACGUUGGGGUCAGCUUCAUCCUCACUGGUGAUUCUCUUAGGAAUAAUUUUGAUGACUUUGGUCAUACUCUUCAUAAUAUUCUUGUUCAUCAGGAAGAAGCGCCGUAACAUAACGGAAGCCUCCCCCAUAAAUUUGAAACAAGGCCCACUGUUGGCGGAACGAUACGCCUUGAACCCCCAAUAUUCGGCCUGCACGGGGGCAGGUGUGCCGGUGCUGCGGAAGGAGACCUUAAAAUUCAUCAACGAAAUAGGCGAAGGCUGUUUCGGCAAAGUUUACAAAGGAGAAUUAUUGCUGUCGGAACAGUACGAAAAGACGGAGAUUGUCGCCAUCAAAGUGCUCAAAGAGACUGCAACACGCGAAGCGGAAGAAGAUUUCCUCAGGGAGGUGGAAAUUAUGAGCGCAUUCACGCAUCCCAACAUUUUAUCGUUGCUCGGGGUCGUUUUGAGAGAAGGCAACGUUAGUCCGAUGAUGGUGUUUGAGUUUAUGCCGCACGGUGAUCUGGCCGAGUUGUUGAGGAGUCAAAGGAAAACUUACGAUGAUGUGGACGAAGACAAAAUACCGCAGCUGAAGGCGAAACAUUUACUUUGGGUGGCACUGCAAAUUGCCCGGGGGAUGAGGUAUUUGGCUGCCCAGAGAUUCGUUCACAGGGACCUGGCCUGCAGGAACUGUCUGGUUUCGGAGGGGCCCACCGUCAAAAUUGCUGACUUUGGAAUGAGCAGGGAUGUCUACACCUGUGACUACUAUAAGAUUGGAGGCUCCAGACUGUUACCUGUGAGGUGGAUGUCACCAGAGAGUGUUGUUUAUGGCAGAUUCACCCUAGAGUCGGAUAUUUGGUCCUUCGGCGUGGUCCUCUGGGAAAUAUACAGCUUCGGCAAACAACCCUACUACGGUCAUUCCAACGAGGAAGUAGUAAAGCUAAUCCUGGACGGCAUAAUGUUGAUACCACCAGAAGAAUGUCCCUCUCUUAUAUGUGAGCUCAUGAAGAACUGCUGGAAGACCGAGCCCAGACACAGGAUCACCUUCCCCAACAUCUGCGACAAGCUAGAGCUCACCUACGAAAAGUUCGUCGAGUGCGAACCAGACCAGUACACGAUCGAGAACGAGGUGAAAAAAUUCAAGCCUAGCACAUUGAACAAGAGCCUGCCCCGUCCGCCGCGUCUGCCGAUGUUGGCGCAGGAGGACCUGGUGGACGCCCAAGGCUACCUGCUGCCGAAGGAGGUUAAGGAACCGGCCCAAUAUUUGGAGACGUUGCCGGACUGACGCAGAACCGGGGGGCGUAAGGACGACAAUCCCAAACGAAUUGUGUGGCCGGACGCGGGGGACUACCUGGGCAUUGACAUAUGAACGAUGCGUCUCCGCAUUUGUUUAAGACUGAACUGGACUGAAUCGAGAUUGUUACAAUAAAUGUUUUUAUUAUUAUUACUUUUUAAUAUGUAUAGAUUGGACGUGCAGUCUAGGUCGAGGUCUUGUAAAUGUAUUUGUCUAGUUAUUAAUCCAAAUUCAAGUAUUAAAUUAAAAUUUAUUCAAUGGACGUUCUGUGAACUGGUGUUUGGCAAUAACUCCAUUGCCCAACACCAUCACACUACUUCAAUGAAUGAAUGAUAUGUGUCAAAGGCCUAAGCAAUUAUUUUUUAUAUAGUAGACUUAUUUUAUUUUUGUAAAUACGUAUUACCGGCAGGUCUUCUAUGUGUAAGACACAACUUAACAUAAUAACCGAUGUAUACAACGCUUUUAUCCAAGUAAAAUAAAAACAAAGUUUAACAGGGUAUACAUAGAUCCAGUGUUUGAUUUAUAAAUGUUUUAACAGGGUGUUACAGUACCUACCAGUAAAUUCGUGCCUUAAAUACUAAGUAUAAUUGUCAGAGUUAAUGGAAAAUUAUUAAUUUAAUCGACUGUGAAUUAUCACAGCAAGUUAGAUUUUAAAGUCGGUUGUAAACCCUUGUCAGGCCAUUUAAAAUGUGUACGGGACAAAAAUCUUUGUAAAUAGUUAACUGUGUGUACAUAUUGUUUAUUAAGUCGUGCCAAAUUGAUUCGAUUAGCUAAGAGGAAUGAUUUAGUUAAGGACCCAACCAAAGAUGUUUAACCAGCCAUUAUUUAUUAUAAGACGCAAUGAAAUUGUAAUUAUUGUAAAUUUAAUUGCAAAAUAAACUACACAAAUAAA